AUGUCUCUAGACCCACAUUAUAGGGCUUUGCUACGAAAGAGUUUAGGCCCUGCUGCUUCUACAGGCCCUGAGAGGAAGAAGAGGAGGAAACAUACUACGCCACCUCCACCACCGCCGGCUCCGAGUGAAGAUGUGAAUGACGACAGCCUUUUUGGCUCUGAUUCCUCAGACUCGAUGGAGUUUGAAGAUGUUGAUACUGAAGGUCCGAGCAACCAUGCUGCUACAGAGCCUGAUGCAUCUAGCACGGCUGAAGGAGAUGGUGAUGGGAUCCAUAUUGAUGAAAAUGAUGGUGACGAUUCAGAUGACUUUGAGGACCUUGAGGAUGUGGACCUCGAAGCAAUGCUUGAAGAGCCUCAGAAAGAGCAUGAAACACUUACAUUUACGAUUAACGAAAAGAAGGAAGAGGAAGCAAAGGGGAAGCGCAAGAAGGUCACUGUGGUGCCUAAGGCUGAACGUCAUCGCCGUAAAAUAGUUCACCAAUUGUACAUUAUGGCGAUGGUUGCACACGGAGUCAUAAGAAAUAAGUGGUGUAACGAUAAGACUCUACAGCGUCUACUAGUAGAGGAUUUCGCAACCGGCCUCAAGAACCACUUUGACCCACCAGCCAAGCUCAUUGAUUACGUCAAACAACGUCAUUUUGUUGAGGGGCUACAAAAGCUCGUGAAAUAUUAUCGUUUUAGAGUUAUGGCCCAAGGACUUGUACGCAAAGACUGGGGAGAGUUACUGGUGAAGCAAGAGCUGGUGGUCCGUAAUGUGGAUCAAGAUAAGUUUAGACAGAUGCUAUGUGCAUUUAGAGGUUCCCGGGAUCUAGGAGCUCAAGGAUUUGUAUGUCUACUAAGAGGAUACGGACUAAAUGCUAGGCUAGUCUUCUCUUUGCAGCCGCCUGAUUUCAGAUCAAUUACGCCCGCUAAGAAGGAGAAGGAAGAUGAAAAGGAGAAAAAGCCGAAACAUGAAGAAAAACCAAGAUCAGAAUUCGAUCCCAUUUUCAUACCAGAUUCCCGUGGUGCUCUACUACUGGGUGUUCGAAGAGGUGAGUCAAAACCGAACCCAAGACAGAGAUCGAAAAAGAAGUUCAAUUUCCCGAUAUCUCCAUUUCCAGUAUUUUGGGUAGAGGUCUGGAACCCGUACCUGAAAAAGUGGAUCACCGUAGAUCCAAUUGUUAAUCAAUCUGUGGAAGUUAUGCCAAUGCGCAAGAAAGGAAAGUUUGAAGCUCCAGCCCUGGAUCCAACACACCAGACUUUAUAUGUUCUUGCAUUUGACAAGGCAGGAGGGAUUAGAGACGUCACCAGAAGGUACACCCAAUACUAUAAUGCGAAGACAGUGAAGAAGAGAAUUGAUUACCUCUCCGACAAGGAUGAACAUUGGUUUGAGCAGCUACUAAAAGCAGCUCGUUCAGAAAGGAAGUACGGUUUACCCGACAUUAAGGAGACACAGGAAUUCAUUUUAAGAGAUCAAUACGAAGGCGUUCCUAAUAAUAUGGCUGAUUUCAAGAAUCACCCACUCUACGCCUUGGAGUCUCAACUACGAAAGGACGAGGUCAUCCAUCCAAACGAUGAUACUAGCAAAUGUGGAACUUUUAGACCCAUGAACAAGGAUAGCGUUGUGCCAAUCUACAAGCGUUCACACGUUUACAGGCUACGAACAGCUAAAGCGUGGUACCUAAGGGGUCGGGUGCUUAAGGUUGGAGCCCAACCGUUGAGAACGAAAGAAAAGCAACUUGCUCAAAUGGAAGAAGAGGAUGAAGAUGGACUUGUGAGAUUAUACGCUGAGUUCCAGACCCAACUUUAUCAUGCUCCGCGUAUUGUUGAUGGUGUUAUUCCUAAGAAUGCUUAUGGAAAUGUCGAGAUCUUCGUUCCGUCAAUGAUGCCUGAAAAUGGAUAUUUGGUUCAGGUUUCUGAAAUUGCAUCCAUAAAAAUGAUCGAAAAAGCUGCAAAAGAUAUUCUUCACAUUGACCAUGCUCGAGCAAUCGUGGCAUUCGACUUUACAGAAAAGAGUUCAAAGAAUAGAAGAUCGCCUACAGCCCGUGUCGGUGGAGUUUUGGUGGACAUGCAAUACAAGGAAGCUAUCGAUCUCGUGUUGGAGGGAUUGAUUGAACUUGAAGAAGAAGAAAAGAGAAGACAGGUCGAACUCACUGCAUUGAGAGGCUGGAAUUUCUUCCUCAAGAAGUUGAUGGUUAUGGAUAGACUUAACAAACAGCACGGCAAAUUACAAGGAGAAGAAGAAGAUUCGGAAGCUGAAGAUGAAGGCUAUUUUAGUGUGGGAAGUGAAGAUGAAUCUGGCGGUGACGAUACCUACAAUAAUCAUGAAUCUCGAGAGGAAAGAUUCCAAAGGAGACAUGAAGAUGAACGUGCUCUAGAUGAAUUAGAUGACGAGCAAUUUGGUGGCUUUUUACCAAACGAGGAAAACGCUUCCGUACCCGCAACGCCGCCCCCGAUUAGCGGCCCUGCUGAAGUAGCACCCAAAGAGGAAGAUGAAAGGAGUGAUUUUGAAGAAGGGGGAUUCAUGGUGCCCGAGGAGUCCAUCGAGCCAAAGGAAACCACCGUACCAAAGGAAGAUCCUGACGAUGGAGGUUUCUUGGCUGAAGAAGGGGGAUUUAUGGCCCCAAGCCCAUCGGUUAAGGCUGAGUCGGCUAGCCCGGAUCUACAUUCCCCUGAAGAUGGAGGCUUUUUUGCUCCCGAACCCUCCAACGGUGUUGGUGAAGGUUUAGAUGAUAACGCUGAAAAUCCAUCUGAUAACAGCGAAAGCGACGAUUUGAGUGACGGCGAUGGAAUGGAUUUCUCUUUCAAGCCAACGCAGGAGGACAAAAUUUCCCCACAGAAACACGAGGAACCUGAGUCUUCAGAAGCGAGGGAAGCGCAAAAAGAAGUCAUCGGCGACACGGCUGCAAAACAAGGGGAAGCGUCAUUGCCAAAGAAGGAACCAGUAAAGUUAGACGAAUCAAAGCGAACGAGUCAAAAUGGGCCUGCCAAUCUUGUUGCACCUGAAGUGGCUGCUGGCAGGACUUCCAGUACUGAGAACAAGACUUCGUCGUUUGAGGAACCUGGGGAAUAUGAUGAAGAGCUACAGAAUGAGAUACAAAGAGAGGAGGCCGAAUUGGGAUUUGAAUACAGUGACUCUGAAUGA